GGAGUCUAAUUCAUCCUACAAUUUCUUAAGUUUCGUGAAGUAACCUGAAAUGUCUGAAUUUCCUUGUACCAAGACACUCAAUUCUUUCUUUAGAUGAAAUAAUUUUGCUCCAUUUGAUUUACCAAAUCUACUCUUCAAACUAUCCCAAAGUUCUUUGGUUGUUCUUGAAUAAAUGACACUGUCCUUGAUAUCUUUUGACAAGGAAUUGAGUAACCAAGCAGUGACCAUAUUAUUGCAACAAUACCACUUUGGGUACUCAGUUGAUUCCAGAUCUAGUUCUUUACAUGUUCCAUUAAUAAACCCUAACUUUUUCUUUGCAGAAAGGGCUAUUAGGGCUGACCUUCUCCAUCCUGGGAAACCCUUUCCAUCAAACACAACAUUGAUGAGGUUCAUCCCGGGUGAAUCUGAAGGAUGAAGGUGAUAUGGGUGAUUUGAGGUCAUGGUUAUUUCACUUUCAGUGACUUUGGUAGCUGAAGGAGUUCUAGAUUCUCUAGCCAUUUGUUUUAAAGGAAAUGAAGCUGUGAAUCAACUCUGAACAACAAUGGAUCGAGCCUUCACUGCUCUGAUACCAUGAAAAUUUUGGAGCAAAAGAUAAAUAAUUUUCUUGUGUAUUAUCAAUGUUGGCCUAGCCUAUAUUUAUACAUGUAUAUUUCUUAUCAGAGAAAUGUAAAAAGAAGUAGAAAAAAUCCUAGUCUGUACACUUGUCCCCUAUCUAUUGAAUAAGUCCAAAAUUGUGUAACAAACUAAUAUGUGCAUUGUGCUAUUCACGUGACCUCAUCUGGAAAAUUCCAAAUGAUAAUGUCCAGCUGUGUUGGUCAUCCAACAGUCAUAAAUAAAUCAACCAAAACCAAAUUGAAUGGUUGGAUGUUCCCCACGUGUCUUGUUCUCAUGUGAAGGGUAAAAAUGUUCCUUUCCUUUGUACUUGUUCUGAGAAACUAAAGCAAAAGGUAGGCAGUUCUUCAUCUUCCUCCUUUGUUCUUUCUUUCUUGAUCAGCAAUGGUAGAUUUGGGAGGCUUCUCUUCAACAUAUUUCAAUAUCACUAAUGUAGUAUUCCCUGGUCUCAAUUUGUCAGUGUUCUCUAAUUUGUUCCAAAAUAAUUAGUCCCUUUCUAGUUCUACAUGUAAGAACAAAGGAAGAUACGUUUUACAUCUCUAUUUGCCUCGGCAUUCUAAUCGUAGGUUCACUGGAUACAAAACAAAUGGUUCGAAUUCGAGAUAGUUUUGUUUUUCUAUUCAUAUUGUUUUUUUUGGCAUGUGUGUAUCAAUCUAUGUUCUUUUCUUAAACCCUGCAUCAAAUCAAAUUGAUAUUUUAAACUUUGUAUCCUGUCAAAUCAAAUUUAAAAAAAGUCAGCCAAAAUCAUUAGUAUAGAGGAAGUACAACUUUUGCUUUUCCAUAUGCCCUGCAUGAAUUAUAAACUUGACAUAUGUUAUUAAACUAUUUUUCCUACUACAAUGAAUCUAAAUUUAAUUAUUAGUGGUAGUAAUUUAAUUAGGGGAGAUAAUAGUCCCUGGUUUUGGGUAACCACUAUGCAGUCUCAUGGAAGCCUCAUCGUCAUUUAGAGUAAUAUAAAGGGUCAAAGGAUUAAAAGGUUUGGAACCCACACGGGUAUGGGAAUAAAAAUAGUCUAUUUGUCUGUAGGUGGUGCAUGCAUUUUUUGGUUGAGUCCUUUCUCUUUCCAUUCUCUUUUCUUUAAUAUGUUUUCUGUGUGUGGGGUUUCACCUCCUUCCUCGUAGCUUCACACCCUAGUGUUACUUCUAAUUCUACCCACCAUCAAUGAUCAUAUAUGUUAUUUUAAACUUCUUGCAGUCAAAUUAACGUUUUAAUCGUGCCCAAAACUAUGGUAUUAUGGGAUACACUGGGAAUUUAACCUUUGCCUUUCCAUAUGUCCCUUCAUGAUAUAAGCUUGACACACUUUAUUAAACUGUUUUAGGAGUACACUUUUUCAACUUCACGAUGCAAUCUGAUAGAAUAGAAAUGGUCUAUUUUGUCUGUGGUUGGUUCACUUUUUGGUUGAGUCCAUGCUCUUUCCCUUCUUAUUUCUUUAUACUAUCUUUUAUGUGGGGUUCUCCUCUUCUUUUACCUCCUUCCACUUAGCUUCAGAGCCUAAUAUACUUCGAUCCACCGUCAGUGUCCUUUUUGUAUAUAUAUCCCACACGCACGGAAGUGGAUAGCAUUCAUAAUAACAACUUUCUUAAAACACAAGCACAAAAACUUACUCAUUCACCAGAGUUUCCAUUAAUUGUAAGUAGUCCUGUCUUUUGUUUGUUUUCGUUUUAACUAUCCGGUUUUCGUAGUCGACCUAAGUAAUUUGGUUUUGCGCUAGGCCCUCCCUACUAAAAAAUUCUUCAUUCUAAGGCUUAAAGUCGAAACUUCUGGUUAAGGGUUGAGAGAUUCCAAUCAUCCUGACAAAGACGUUGGUGCUGUGCUUUGUUCUGGUAUCUAUUAUGGCUUUCCUUGGGUGCUUUGGAUACAACCUAAGACGCGCUGGAGUUGCUGAUGUCCGUGUUUAUGUGGAAGGCGAUAUGGAUGAUGAAUUGAAGAAAUAUACAAGCGAUGAGUUGAAGAAAUUCACCAUGAAUUUCUCAAAUACCAAUUUAAUUGCCUGUGGAGGAUUUAGCACAGUCUAUUUAGCUAAGUUCCCUGAUUCAACUCUCAGAGCUGUCAAGAUCAUGGACCGCAGCAGCGAGCGUCUCAACAGAAUCUACAAACAGGAAUUGGACAUCUUGGUUCAAAUCCAGCACGAUAACAUAAUCAAACUUCUUGAUCAUUGUGAAGACGAAGAAUUCGGGAACAUGCUGGUAUUUGAGCAUGUUCCAAAUGGGACUUUACAUGACAAACUCCACGGAAACAAUGGAAUAAUUCCAUGGAGAAACCGAAUGGCGGUGGCAUUUCAACUUGCUCAAGCCUUUGAGUAUCUCCACGAAAAAUCUCCUCUACAAAUAGUCCAUGGUGAUAUCAAAUCUUCAAAUAUAUUGCUAGAUGAUCAAUUCAAUUGCAAGCUUUGUGAUUUUGGGUCAGCGAAAAUGGGAUUUUCUUCUUCGGUUUUGCCACAAACGAAUCGGGUGAUGCUCGGUUCUCCAGGUUAUACUGAUCCUCACUACUUGAGAACUGGCAUUGCCUCUAAGAAAAAUGACAUAUAUAGCUUCGGAGUCAUUAUUUUAGAACUUAUUUCAGGGGUUGAAGCCUUUUCUUCAGACAGUGGGGAGAGACUAAUAUCGAAAGCUGCUCCUAUUUUAAAAAAUGUGUCAAAGGUAGCGGAAAUGGUGGAUCCAUGCCUUGAUAGGAAUUACGAUUUCGAGGAAGCUAAGGCUAUGGUGUCACUUGCAACAUUGUGCCUAAGUGAUAUUCCCGGUCUAAGACCCUCUGCUUCUGCAAUGAUGGAGACUAUGAGAAGUAGAAUAUCAUCUUCCACUUCCUUUCUCUUUUCAGUUGAUAAAAAGGUUUGAGUAUUCCUCAGUAGUGUUUAUCAAAAGGAUGAAUUACAACU